AUGCAGUUUCGCCUCUUCUCCUUUGCCCUCAUCAUCCUCAACUGCAUGGAUUACAGCCACUGCCAGGGCAACCGCUGGAGACGCAGCAAGCGAGCUAGUUAUGUAUCAAAUCCCACUUGCAAGGGUUGCUUGUCUUGUUCAAAGGACAAUGGGUGCAGCCGAUGUCAACAGAAGUUGUUCUUCUUUCUUCGAAGAGAAGGCAUGCGCCAGUAUGGAGAGUGCCUGCAUUCCUGCCCAUCAGGCUACUACGGACACCGAGCCCCAGAUAUGAACAGAUGUGCACGAUGCAGAAUAGAAAACUGUGAUUCUUGCUUUAGCAAAGACUUUUGUACCAAGUGCAAAGCAGGCUUUUAUUUACAUAGAGGCCGUUGCUUUGAUGAAUGCCCAGAUGGUUUUGCACCAUUAGAUGAAAGCAUGGAAUGUGUGGAAGGAUGUGAAGUUGGUCAUUGGAGUGAAUGGGGAACUUGCAGCAGAAAUAAUCGCACAUGUGGAUUUAAAUGGGGUCUCGAAACCAGAACACGGCAAAUUGUUAAAAAGCCAGCAAAGGAUACAAUACCAUGUCCAACCAUCGCCGAAUCCAGGAGAUGUAAGAUGGCCAUGAGGCACUGUCCCGGAGGGAAGAGAGGGCCAAAGGCGAAGGAGAAGAAGAACAAGAAGAAGAAGAGGAAGCUGACAGAGCGAGCCCAGGAGCAGCACAGCGUCUUCCUUGCUACAGACAGGGCCAACCAGUAA